AUGGCAUCCGUCGACUGGCCUGGACUGCUCACUUGGAGCACGAAGUACCACGAUGGGACAGCACCUACAGAGUUUAAGCGCAUGUCCAAGGAGGACAAGGAGUUCCUAGAGAAGGCUAUGGAGGAUGCGUUUUCCAAGAUUGAAGAUUUUAACAAGGUGCUCGAUGACGGAUUGAGGAAGCUUGAAGCGGCUGAGGAUGCGGAGGUAUAUUAAGAUAUUUGCAUUUCUGUUUUCAAUUGUUCCUGUUCAAAACAGAUGUUUGAUGGCCUCGCAUUUGAGACAAAAUAUCAAUGAAUCAAUUAGAGGCUCUCAAUGAGUCCAUUUGAGGGUCCUCGCAAUGGAGAGUCUAUUUUUGAGCCAAUAAAACAUUGUCAAUCAUACUUUUCUAAACAACAACAGACUGCCAUCGUCGCGUGCGAGAUCAUCGAUCGGUGUGUCGACGAUCCCGAUUGUGCCAGGAAUUUAGAGGUUUUCAAUGGCAUUGCGCCUCUGUUGAAGAAUGCGCUUUCGACUAACGCCGACGUUUCAGAGAGAUGCUGUAGUAUCUUGUCGAUGAUGCUGGCGAACAAUGAGCAGAUGCAGAAAGCCGCUAUCGGAAAACAUAAGGCCUUAGAGGUUCUCUUUCCGAGGGGGUCGGCAGACGAGCGAUUGUUGCAAACUCGGAAAAAAAUCAAGCUACUGGCAGACAUUGUGCGCGGCUUGCCAGAGGCCGAAGAAGCCUUUAUUACGGAACACGUAGGAAUCGGCUGGCUGUGCAGAGCUUUGUUGGAGCCUCCUCGGGCUGCUGAGCAGUCUGAUUCUGCGUCCUCUAGUACUUCUGAAUAUGCAGCAGUGAGAGAACGAGUUGUGACGUUUUUACGACACCUUUUGGCAGCCUCAGGGGACAGAGUGCGCAAGGAAGAAGUCUCGUUGGCCGGAACUUUGGCAUACGUCUACAGCAACGAGAGUCACGCGACAUUUCUCGAGACUGCCAGUUUGCAAUACACCGAAAAUCUGGCACAGCUAACUCUAGUUGCUGCGAAGGAAAGUCCUGUGGUAGCGGUUGAGGUGGAAGCAGGAGUUAAGCGUCGGAUGGAGUUCCUCUUGAGAAAAGCAACCGAUCCGGAAACCGCCGAAUACUAUGCAGUCGAGAUCGAAGAACUAAAAGCGAUUUUGGCUUUGGCAAAAGCAGCGCACGAAGAACGAAGCGCCUUCCACGCACUUUCCACUACUACUUGCGAACAAACGAAGGGAACAUCUAAGCCACGUUCAAUCAUCUAAGUACACAAGAUUGUCGCAGUAAUUCUUGUAAGUACUUAUUUGGGAAGAUGAACGACUUGACACUUGUACCUACUAUUGUUCAACAUUACAACGAACAAAACGAAAACCCAUGAUGCAAAAAUUAGUUGAUGAAAAGCACUUCACCCUUUCCUAUCUUUCCUGGUUAGUCUACUUUACCUGUUGAAGAGGAAGCAGCAACCGGGAACAAAAACCUUCUUACGAAUUUGUACAUGCAUUACCUAACGUUUUGAUGUCCCUGGGGAUGAAAAGCAAAAUACGCCACUUUCGGCCUACCA